AUGGCCCCAAAAGAUAUCGAGACCAUCGCCGUCGCCUCGGCCACACGAAGAGGCGUCGAAGAUACAGCCCUGGCUGAGGCCAUCCGCCUCGAGCACAACUUGUCAUUCUCCCAGGCCAUCAGGCUUUACCCCACAGCAAUCGGGUGGUCUGCCUUUGUGUCCCUGGGGGUCAUCAUGCUUGCGUUUGAUCCGCAACUGCUGGGGAACCUUUACGCCACGCCCCAGUUUCAGCGAGACUUUGGUUACGAGUAUGAGGGUUCCUAUGACACAAUGUGCCCAACAUUGAUUCGUGAGCUCACAGUGUUGACACAUUCAUCAGGUGCUGCAUGGCAAACCGGACUUUCUAUGGGCAACCCGAUCGGCCAAGUUAUCGGCGCCUUGUUCGCGGCGUAUCCCAUGGAUUGGCUAGGACGGAAGUUGACCUUCGCUACUUGCGUAGUCCUGACCGCUGGCAUUGUGUCCAUCCAGUUCCUCGCACGUUCCUUGCCCGUCUUACUGGUCGGCGAGCUACUUGGUGGGCUCGUCCUGGGCAUGUACGUCGUUAUCGCACCGGCUUAUGCAUCUGAAGUCUGCCCCACGGCUCUCCGUGGCCACCUAACGUCCUACGUCAACCUGUGCUUCGUCAUGGGCCAGCUUCUGGCUAAUGGCGUCACGGCGGGGACCUCGAAGCUCGAUACGCACUGGGCCUACUCUCUCCCAUUCUCACUACAGUGGUUCUGGAUUCUUGUCAUCUUGCCCGGUCUACUCUUUGUUCCAGAGAGUCCCUGGUGGCUGGUCCGUAAGGGCAGGUUGGCCGACGCAGAGACGAGCCUCCGCCGACUGGCCUCCAAGGAGGUCAAUGCCGCCGCCUCACUGGCGUUCAUCAUUGAGACCGACAGGCUUGAGCAAGAGCUGGAAGCAGGCAGUACGUAUGGGGACUGUCUGAAGGGCGUCAACCUGAGACGAACGGAGAUUUCGGCUGGUGCCUACUGCUCUCAGGUUCUCAGCGGCAUUUAUCUCAUCAACUACGGCACAUACUUCUUCCAGCAAGCUGGUUUGCCUACCGACAGGGCUUUUGAAAUGGCCAUUGGUUUCCUUGCUGUCGGGUUCCUCGGCACCGUGAUGUCUUGGUACUUCUUGAUUCACUAUGGCAGGCGCACCAUCUACAUCACCGGCCUGGCCGCUCUAAUUGUCUUGCAGCUCCUCAUCGGCGUCCUCGACUGUGUCCCGGGCCGGCCGAAGGGUGUCGCCUGGGCGGAGUCGUCUCUGAUGCUGAUCUGGAACUUUGCCUACGAUCUGUCUGUUGGCCCCAUCUGUUUCGUCCUCAUCUCCGAAGCAUCGGCCACAAGACUCCGGUCAAAGACGAUUGCUCUUGCCACUGCCGCCCAGGGAGUCAUUGGGAUCAUAAUGACUGUCGCCAUACCGUACAUGAUCAACCCGGACGAGGCUAACAUGCAAGGCAAGCUCGGGUUCUUCUUCGGAGGCCUGGCCUGUCUGUGCUUCAUCUGGGCCUGGUUCCGCGUCCCCGAAACCAAGGGGCGCACGUAUGAAGAGCUCGACAACUUGUUCGAACAGCGAGUUCCGGCGCGCAAUUUUAAAAGUCACAUCAUCGAGAGUAUGACUUGUCCAGGUCAUCGCAGCCCAUUAUAA